CAGACAGACUCCUCUCUGCGAGUAAAAAUAUGUGAGUGCGACGUUGUUGUGGAGUUCUGGCUCAUUUUGCCUUCUUGUUUGGCGGCGAAAAACUUUCCGAGUCGAAGCGGCUGAUUACUUUUCCUUGAAGCUUUAUCAUGGCAUCCGCCGUGACGGUGCGUCAGAAGCUGGUCGAGAUAAAAGCGGAGCGGGAUCGGGCUAAUGAACGAGCAGACAAGGCCGAGAGCCGGCUCAAGAACCUAGAGGCUAGCCUGGAAGAGAGCGAGCAGAUCCUGGAAGAAUAUAACAAAAAGAUAGCCAUCCUGGAAGGCGAUAUAGACGAGGCGGAGGAGCGUGUGAAGACGACAGAGGAGCAACAUCGAAAAGCCGAUGCAGAAGCAGAUGAGCUAGAACACAAGGCGAGGCGUACGCUGACGCUCUCCGGCACGGACACGGCAAAGGCAAGCGCCAUGACGGCAAAGUGGAAAGUAGCCAACAAGCGGGCGGAAGAGAGCGAGGCCCUCUUCGAAGAACUAGAGAAUAAGGUCCGUGUGCUUACAGAGGACCUGGACACAUGCGAGGAACGUGAACAGGAAUAUAAGGAAGCCACGCAGGCAAACGAACAGAAACUUCUGACUCUGACGGCUGACACACGAUCGCUGCAGGUUCAGACGAACAAAUCAUCCGACUACGAACAGCGCCUCCAGAGGAAAGUCGAUGACCUGGAGAGGAAGAUUGACGGAGCAGCUGAGCGUGCUAAACGGUACCUUGAAGAUCAGCGUAUGCUGGAGCAGGAGCUUGAAGACGGCGAGGAUCAAAAGGAUCAGUUAAAGGUAGCGUAUGAGGAGGUGAAGGCUGAACACGACGCUAUGAUGGCGGAGCUUGGCGACAUCUAGCCGCGCAUAGUUGCUGCAACAGAUACGAAGCGCUCCACCACCAACGCCGCCCCGUUGACCACCUGGUACGCUGCGUCUUGUUCUACCUGGUACGCUGCGUCUUGUUUUUGCUUGUGUGAUUUCCCUGUAUUUACAGCUGGCGCGCAUGCACACGCACGUGCGUACGCGCAAGCUCGCGGACCUCACGUUUCGGUCUAGGUUGUGUUUAAAAGCAACUCUAUUCCUUUCUACCCUCUUUGCUUUUUCUCUUCCCCCCCCCCCCCCCCCCCCACUACUCUCUACCCUGCUCUCCUCUCCCCCGUUCUCUUUCCACACAAGACAAUGUGCACUUGUGACACAGCCGACAACCCUCAGCCACCCUUGCCAAAACAAACACUCACCUUCUCGACGGCCAGAUUUGCACAGCAUUCAUUUGUGUUGCUGGUUUGCACAAGCGUACUUCAACUGAUUUUCCCCCCGCCUAGGCAUAUUCUCAGUGACUAUUAUUUCCUCAUGUGACAAACUCUAAUUGUAUAGCUGCGGUUUAAUGGCUAGCCAAUCGCAUAAAAAAAGCCUCUUUGUUGUUCAAAUGCCUGUUUACAGGGCACUGAGACAGCAAGUGUA